AUGAAACUGGCACCAAGAGAGGUCGAUAAACUAGGACUCCACAAUGCUGGAUUUCUAGCACAGAAGCGCCUUGCUCGAGGCCGCAAGCUUAAUUAUACUGAGUCCGUUGCUCUUAUUGCCUCUCAGAUUUUGGAAUUUGUUCGCGAUGGCGACAAGAGUGUAGCUGAAUUGAUGGACAUUGGGAAACAACUACUAGGAAGGAUUUCUCCAGGGCAGUUACCCGUAAUUUUCAUUACUGAGCUGUGGAGUGGAACUUUUAUGAGAUUCUGUUCGCUGUUGAGGGUAUUCGCAUUUUGGAGACAAGUUCUUCCAGCAGUUCCGCAUCUUCUUGACACUGUACAGGUUGAAGGGACAUUUCCUGAUGGGACCAAAUUAAUCACUGUGCAUAAUGCGAUUGCUAGUGAAAAUGGAAAUCUGGAGCUAGCUUUACAGGGUUCUUUUCUUCCAGUUCCUUCUUCCGACAAAUUUCCUGCAAUAGAAUAUGAUGAAAUUCCUGGUGCAAUAAUCUUUGGAGACGGGAAUGUUACACUUAAUCCAGGAAGGAAAGCAAUAAUCCUCAAAGUCACUAACACCGGAGACAGGCCAAUUCAGGUGGGCAGUCACUAUCAUUUUAUUGAGACGAAUCCGAGUUUACUUUUUGAUCGAAGAAAAGCGUAUGGCAUGCGCUUGAACAUACCAGCAGGGACAGCGAUAAGAUUUGAGGUUGAAAUUUGGGAAAGUAAAAGUGUCAUGCUUGUAAGCAUUGGAGGUAAAAAGGUGAUCAAAGGUGGAAAUGGCAUCGUUGAUGGUCCUUUUGAUCUUGCCAACUGCACUUCUAUCAUGGAAACUGUCAGCAGGAGAGGGUUUGGGAAUCGAGAAGAAGAAAAUGCUAGUGAAGGUGUAAGUGGAGAAGGUUCAGCAUUCACCAAUAUAAUUUCUCGUGAGGCAUAUGCUAACAUGUAUGGCCCUACUGUUGGUGACAAAAUUCGUCUUGGUGAUACCAACCUGUAUGCUGAAAUUGAAAGUGACUUUGCUUUUUAUGGUGACGAAUGUGUCUUUGGAGGUGGAAAAGUUAUAAGGGAUGGAAUGGGUCAGUCAUGUGGACAUCAACCAGCCGACUCUCUUGAUACCGUUAUAACUAAUGCUGUGGUCAUUGAUUAUGGUGGAAUUUAUAAGGCAGAUAUUGGUAUUAGGGGUGGUCUUAUUUGUGCUAUUGGAAAAUCAGGAAAUCCAGAUGUCAUGAAUGAUGUUCACUCUGAUAUGACCAUUGGGGCUAACACUGAGGUUAUUGCGGGGGAAGGAAUGAUUGUAACUGCAGGGGCUAUAGACUGUCACGUGCACUUCAUAUGCCCUCAACUUGCAUUUGAGGCGAUAUCAAGCGGCAUUACAACGCUUGUGGGAGGUGGAACAGGACCUGCUGAUGGGACACGUGCAACUACAUGUGCCCCUUCUCCUUCACAUAUGAAAUUAAUGCUGCAGUCUACUGAUGACCUACCUCUAAACUUUGGCUUCACUGGAAAAGGUAACACUGCCAAGCCUGAGGAGCUACAUGCAAUAAUCAGGGCUGGGGCAAUGGGACUGAAGCUGCAUGAGGACUGGGGAACUACUCCUGCUGCAAUAGACAAUUGUUUGACUGUUGCAGAAGAAUAUGACGUUCAGGUCAAUAUCCAUACUGAUACCUUGAAUGAAUCUGGAUUUGUGGAACAUACAAUUGCUGCAUUUAAAGGGAGAACUAUCCACACUUAUCACAGAGAUCUCUACCCCUCUGAUGGUGUACUUAAUAUCCAUGCUUUUGAAUACUUUGCUAUUGACAUCACAUCAACAACAAUUGCAGGACUUUGCCUUUUACAUGGUGGUGGUCAUGCCCCAGAUAUUAUCAAAGUAUGUGGCGUAAAAAAUGUCCUGCCCUCGUCAACAAACCCCACACGGCCGUAUACUUCCAAUACUAUAGAUGAGCAUCUAGAUAUGCUGAUGGUCUGCCAUCACCUUGAUAAAAACAUUCCAGAAGAUGUAGCUUUUGCUGAAUCAAGGAUAAGGGCUGAAACAAUUGCUGCAGAAGACAUAUUACAUGAUAUGGGAGCGAUUAGCAUUAUAGCUUCUGAUUCACAGGCCAUGGGCCGCAUUGGAGAGGUCAUAAGUAGAACUUGGCAAACUGCCCACAAGAUGAAAUCACAAAGGGGAUUGAUUGGACCUGAUGGAGCAGACAACGACAACUUUCGUAUCAGAAGAUACAUUGCGAAGUACACAAUAAACCCAGCAAUAGCGAAUGGGUUUGCUGAGAUUGUUGGUUCAGUUGAGAUAGGGAAGUUGGCUGAUCUUGUUUUGUGGAAGCCAUCUUUCUUUGGAGCAAAACCAGAAAUGGUGAUUAAAGGUGGUGCUAUUGCAUGGGCUAACAUGGGGGAUCCAAAUGCAAGCAUCCCUACACCUGAACCUGUGAUUUCAAGGCCAAUGUUUGGAGCAUUUGGUAAGGCUGGAAGCACUAACUCCGUUGCUUUUGCAGCUGCAGGCAAUGGGAUAAAAGCACUGUACGGACUCAACAAGAGAGUGGAAACUGUGGGAGGUGUUAGGAAACUCACCAAACUCGACAUGAAACUAAACGAUGCCCUUCCAGAUAUUACAGUGGAUCCAGAAUCAUACACGGUGACUGCAGAUUGUGAGGUUCUCACAUGCCCUCCAGCCACCACAGUUCCCCUUUCACGCAAUUAUUUUCUCUUUUAG